GAUGGGCUGGCGCGCGGGUGAAGGUGUGUUGGUGCUCUGAAUGUUGGGUAUUAUGCUGCUCUGAAUGCAGGUGCCGGGACAAAAGAGCAUGCUACAAAUGCACCCGCUUUAGGACGAAAGGUACCAUUCCGGGAGCUACCUUCAACGCGGAAAGAUCGUACAGGAAAAUAGCCGAAAAGAGCUUGGUGUGAUCGAAAAAAAUAAGAGAAGCCGGUUAAUCGCAACAAGUGGUGUUUUGUGUGUUCCGUUUUCGAACUGAUAGUGGAAAAAGGACUUUGAAAAAUUGGUGGACAUUUACGAGUGAUCGUUUGAAAAGUUGUUAAGUGAUCUCGCGAUGGCUACAGUGGUUCGCAGCAUGGCCCUUGGGCCGAACAUGUACAUUCCCAACGGAUCGUCGUUGAUCCAGCAGGCAGCGCCGGUGAAUCCUUAUCGGAAGCGACCGAUCGCGCCGGCUCCAGUCAGCUCCAAUGUUGGACAUCAACCAACUCUAAAUCUGAAAGAUCGUCCGAUGAUCUCGAAGAAAUACUGUGCUUUGCCUUACGCCGUAACUCCUCAACAGUCUGCGUCGAUCCAACGACGCAACGCUCGCGAACGGAACCGUGUCAAACAGGUGAACAAUGGAUUUGCACACCUACGGCAGCACAUUCCCAGCUCGGUAGUGACAGCUCUGACCAACGGUGGUCGUGGUCCUCACAAAAAACUCAGCAAAGUGGACACUCUAAAAGUGGCCGUCAAGUACAUCCGAAGCCUGCAGCGCAUGCUCGACGAAGAUCUGGAAAACAGUGGCGAAUCAACCAAGUCCACUGUGGACGUCCAGGCCCUAUCUCCGGUCUCCUACUACGGAUCAAUGUCCGAGCCUUCGACAGCAUCAUCUCCUGCUCCCUCGCAAAUCUCCGAGUACUCCAACUACAGCAGUAGUCAAACGGAGACCAUCACUUCCUUCAAACGAGAACCCUACGAUCCGUACUCAACCAGUCAAACUCUCCCAACGCCAACGACCGCCCUCCCCAGCAUGACCAGCUUUAGCACCGUAACUUACACGCAACCGAUUCAUCAUGUGUACAAAACCCAAGUAGCGGACUACCACCAACCGGAGGAACUCAGCCCGCAGAACACCGACGACGAAGAACUGCUGGAUGCGAUCUCCUGGUGGCAACAGCAGCAGUGAACCCUUGCCAAUCCUCAAGUUACCUGGCUAGUACAAGACUGACGGCGGUCGUGAUUUGGCGAUUUCUCGCUUGGGAUGAAAUCCGAUUCGAUUGAAUACCGGGCACCGGAGCCGGCACCAACAGGAGCCCCAUUUGAUUGGGCGCCGAGUGGUUGCGCCAUAAAGUGUGUAAAAACGUGACGCAGAUUCAGAACUGAUCUCCAGUGAAAUAGUAGUGUCAAAUUGUGGUCCCUUGCAUAAGUACAAACCGUGAAGUGAACCACAUUUGAAUGUCCUCCGUACGAAAAAAAAAACUUUAAGGCAAACUUCUGUACAAAUUAACGUUAGGUUUUAUGGAUUCUAGUGCUUCUUGUUAAGGCAUAAUAGCUAACGAUGUUGAUUCUAGUCAAAGUGAUAGGAAUAAAUAUUUAUGAGUUGAAAAUAUCGAAAUUUGUGAUUGUUGCUACUUUUUAUGAUAUCCGAAAACCGUCCUGGCGCAAGUUGAUUUGUUAUAAAUGCUUUUUUGUUGGCUUUGGUUGUUCUUUCGAAAAAAAAAUAAAGAAGAAUUUUCACUCAUUGGUAAUUGAUCCUUAUUUACAUCGAAUUCAAUCAUUGCUCAGUAUGAUAUUGAUUUUUCGAAAGCAAUACCUCAAUAGAUGCUUAAACCAUAAUAGUGUGCUACUAUUAAAUCUGUGAACAUUAUCGUAUGCUGAACAAAUAAAAAG